AUGGAGUUUUCAGGUUUCAAAUCGAGUAGUGGAUUAGUGAAAGCGAUCGUCGUUUUUGGUAAUCGGAUAUUUACCGGCCACCAGGACGGGAAAAUUCGGGUUUGGAAGUAUUCAGAUAAGAAGAAUAAAUCUUACAACCGGAUCGGUAAUUUACCCAGGACAAGAGAUUACAUCAAGAGCUCCAUGAACCCUAAUAAUUACAUUGAAGCAAGACGACAUCGUAACGUCCCAUGGAUCAAGCAUUAUGAUGUCGUUGCUUGCAUGUGUAUUGAUGAAGAAAAAGGGUUAUUGUAUUCUGGAUCAUGGGAUAGAACAAUGAAAGUUUGGAGGAUUUCGGAUUCGAAAUGCUUAGAAUCUGUAAACGCUCAUCACGACGCCAUUAAUUCGGUCGUCGUUGGGUUUGACGGUUUGGUUUUUACCGGGUCCGCCGACGGGAAGGUCAAGGUGUGGCGUAGGGAGUUCGUCGGUAAGACCACAAAACACCUUUUGGUUUACACGCUUUUGGAUCAGGACAGCGCUGUCACGUCUGUGGUGGUGAACGCCUCUCAGGCCACUGUGUACGCAGGAUUCUCCGAUGGACUGGUGAACUUUUGGGAACGCAAGAAGCAAACGUUCUCACACGGAGGAGUUCUGAGGGGACACAAGCUGGCAGUGCUUUGUCUGGCCACUGCGGGAAAGCUGUUGUUGAGUGGGUCGGCGGACAACAGCAUCUGCGUGUGGCGGAGUGAAGGUAGGGGUAUUCAUACUUGUUUGUCGGUCUUGAAUAGUCACACUGGUCCAGUGAAAUGUCUUGCCGUUAAGAUCCGGAAUGAGAAGGAUGAUGAUCGGAAAGAUGAAGAAUGGAUAGUUUACAGUGGCAGUUUGGAUAACUCAGUGAAGCUAUGGCGGGUGUCAGAACAGCUAGCCUGA